AUGCGACGUUUCGGUGUGGCGGCGUCGGCGGCAUCGUGGACGGCGGAGGACACGAGGAAUGCAGUGCUGGCGAGCCUGGUGCCGGCCGGCACCGCGCUCACCGCAUUCGCCGUGUUCGCGAAGGAUCGAGAAGUUGUGCAGUGGUGGUCUCAUGCGAAGAAACCGGACUGGGCGCCCAAGGAUCCGACCUUCUACUCGCUGGUGGACAUUGCUACACUCAGCCCUCUUGGAUAUGCCUCGUACCUCGUUUACAAACACGGAGGAGGUAAGAGCUUCCGCAUUUGUUGUUGCUCUAUGCUAUAGUA